AUGGCCGAAGAACCACGGCGCUCGGGCAGAGCAACAAAAGGCCAGCAUUCUAAAAACAACGAUUUAUCAGAGUUGGCACCCUCGAAACGCAAAGGGAAGACGCAGGCCAAAGCCCAGAAACAAGCUUCCGACGAACAGACCCCUGCCCCCAACGAAGAAGAGGACGAGAUAAUCCGUUGCAUUUGUGGUGAAUAUGAAGAGGAGGAAGACGUUGAGCGGGAUAUGAUAUGCUGCGACAAGUGCUCUGCGUGGCAACACAACGAUUGCAUGGGGCUUACUUUCCCGAAGGGACAGGAACCUGCAGAAUAUUUUUGUGAACAAUGUAAGCCGGAAAAUCAUAAGGAGCUGCUGGAUAAAAUGGCUCAUGGCGAGAAACCCUGGGAGGAAGCUGCGAGGAUAAGAGCCCUGGCUGCAGAGGAGAAAAAGGCACGGAGAAAGAAAGGCGGCAAGCGUGGGAGGAAAUCCACCCGGCCUAGCGAUAUCAAAUCUGAAGGGGGUGAUGAUGGUGUCAAAAGUGCCUCUGGAACACCAGCAAAAGAGAUUCCCGUCUCUGCUCAGCCAACCGGCAAUAAAGUCAUUCCGCAGUCCCAGGGAGCGUUCCCCAACGAUGGUCCUCCUAGCAGCCAAAAACGCAAAUUCGACGAGCAGGAAGUUAGCCAACGUGAACCGGGACCAAAGCAGAAACUUCAGCGAUUGUCUACUGGCCGCCAAAUCGAAAGUCCUGAGGUGAAGUCACCGACUGUGCACAGGAAGCAGAGCGUAUCUAGUGUGCAAUCUGUUCGGGAACAGAAAAGUGGAAGGUCACCCACUGAGGGAACUGGAGGCCCGUCAGACCUUCAGAGCCUGGCCAGGAGGAAUGUGGCGAAUGCCCUAGUCAAACUCUUCGUAGAACAGGCAGCAUCGGCCCUGCAGCAAGGCGCUUAUUCGAUGCCUGCUGGAAAGACUAAAGAAGCUGUUGGCGAAGCACUGGGAGUUGCAAUUGAACAUUCCAUGUAUAAACAUCUCUGUGGAGGAAGUGGAGAACCUAGUGAAGCCUAUAAGCAACAGAUGCGGACCAUCCUAUUCAAUGUGAGGAAGAAUACUUCGUUACGUGAUAGUUUGCUUGUAGGAAGUAUUUCUCCAGACACACUUGCCACCAUGAGCACCCAAGACAUGGCUAGCAAGGAGUUACGACAGAAGGAUGAUGAAAUCAAGCGAGAGGCCGAGAGGCAGCAUAUGAUUAUCCAAGAACAAGGGCCCCGAAUCAGACGUACACAUAAAGGGGAGGAGUUGAUCGAAGAUGAUUCACAGCAUGCUGCAACCGAAUCUAUCUUCUCAGCGGCGCCAACUCGCCGCGACACCCUACAUGAGGCCGACCUUCGAUCUACUACAAGCCCUACAGGAGCUCGACCAGCCAGCCCAAGCAUGUCACAUCAGCCUGAGUUCAGAGAAUACCGUGGCUCAGUAGAUCGAACAGCUGACGAUCACCUGCUACACUCCAUCGAUCCCUCAGCUGGGGACCAGCGACGAGCCUCGGCCUCAAACUUCAAUAUCCAAAACGUCUGGUCGAACGUCCAAUCACCUGGUUCAGCACCUCAUGAUAAGCCAUUUCCUCCUGCUUCUGCUCCAUCUCUUCAGGAUGUACAGCCGAGUCACAAAGUCCAAGCCGAUGCAGAGAUAGAUCAGUUGCUUAAAGACGAGGAUAUCGAUUCCCCUCCUUACUCUCCAAAGGACUUCCAGAGUGAAGGUGAAAUUUGGCGUGGCAAAGUAUCCAUGAACCCCGUUGCUGAAUUCUCUGCCACUGCAAGGCAUGUUGCUGGAGCAGACCUGAGCGGAAGAAUCCCGUGGGAACAAUUAAUCCCCCCCACGUUGGUGGUCGAUGGCCGUAUCGAAACGCAACUCGCCACGAACUACCUCUGCGGUCUCCGCUUCAGUCAAACGACCGAUGUAUCCGUUAAUGCCAUAUCUCCCCCAAUCGCCCCACACGACAAUGCGCAAUUCCAAAGGCUAUUCGAAUAUUUCCUGCAGCGCAACCGAUUCGGCGUCAUCGGUAAACACCCCUUCCAUGCAGUGAAGGACACAUAUAUCAUCCCCAUCGAAGCUGGCCAAAGCAAGAAACCCGAAUUCAUUGAACUGCUAGAGAACAACACCCUCGAAGACCCGACGCCAGAACGAACACUUCUUGUCGUCUUCGUCGUAAAAACGAACAACCACUACAGCCCACCCAUUGGCCAUCCGACACUGCAAGAACCUGCCUAUGCCACCGCCAGUCCCUUGACGGUCACCCCAAGCUCCGCUCCCCACUAUUCCCAAUUCAUUUCUGGUCCGGCCACGUCGAGCGGUACGCCUCCCGUCGUUCCCACGACGGCAUUGGCAUCGCCUUCCCCCCGCAUGGUAACAACAGAUGGUCUCAACCAACAACAACAACCAAAGCCACAACCACAACCCCAUCAAUACAACCCAGCCUACCACACCUCGUCCCCACCGCAAAAUCCUCUCGGCAAGUCUGCCGCAGUACAAGUGCUCGGGCCACUAGCGGCCUCUCCAGCGGUAGUACAGCUAUUGCAGCAAGCACCCAAUUCAGAUGUGGAGCAGCUCAAACUCAUUGCGGGUAUCCUGGCUCAGAACCCUGCUGCGGCAAAUGAUUAUCAGUUGUUAGUGAGCAAGAUCGUUGAGAAUAUCAAUGGGAAGGCGCAGUGA